AUGCAUCCUUUCAGGUUCUUAUUCGCUAUACUCUCCGUCUUCACUCUUUCUGUGGCCGGCAGCGCCAUCGUCAAGAGAACUCCCGGCACUGACAAUUACGCCGUCCUUACAGCUGCAUUACAGAAAGCUGGCAAGCCCAUUGACCCCAACAAGCGAUACGGGUUGUAUGAAUACUUUGCCGUUGAUGGUCAGUGGAACUGCAAUAAGUACUUCACUCACGUUGCUCUGGUCAUCGGCAACAUCGUGACCGGGUCCAACGGACCCGAGUUCCGUGGCCAGCAGUUUGAGAUGCGCAAGCGUGGCGACGGUGGCAGCGGCGGCAUCCAGGGCGAGCAGACGGUUGCUCAAUACGAGGAGAACUGGUGGGCCAACCACUACCACCCCCUCGAUAUGUAUGGCAACAAGCUGCCUCAGUGGAUUGCGAAUGCCCAUAAGCACGUUUAUGAGCUGGCCGGAGAAGUCGGAGAAAGCCCUUUCCUCGAGAUUCGCGGUCUCGGAGCUGACUACAUCCGCGACCAUCCCACUUACAAUGUUGUAACGAAUAGCUGUCAGACAUACGCCGGAUGGUUGUUCAAGCAGGUCAAGAAAUAG